UCUGGUAUCUACAAGACAAUAUGGAACAGGAUGGGGGACAUGCCUGUGGUCAAAAGUACAAACGAUGCACUGGACAUUGUCCGAAAAACAGACACUGCCUACAUGACUGACCGGUCACAGUUGGAAUACCACGUCUUAAGUGAUUGUAAAACCUACGCACUAGCGGACGAAAUUUUCAACACAGCUGGCUAUGGAUUCGUGGUGCCGGAAAAUGCUCCAUACCUGGACAGCUUCAACUACAAUAUCAUGCGUAUGCAGGAGGCAGGACUGAUAGAGAAAUGGAGACAGAAGUGGUGGCCGCGUUCAGACCAGUGCUCUGUCUCCGGCCGCACCAGUUCUGCUACAGCGUUGGGUAUCGACAGUCUAGCCGGACCUUUCCUUGUCUAUGUUUGUAUCGCAGCUUUGUCAUUCGUUUGCCUCUUAUUUGAGAUAUGCCUUAAGAGGCGGGCGUACGUGAAACAGAAAAAGGUGUCAAAAGUUGAGAGCGGUCAGAUAACUAAUGGUCGCGGAAAUGGAACAAUCAACAACGGCUUCGAAUUCGACUGACCACUCCAGCGGGUGUCAGUUCACGUGUUCCACAGACGUGUGUUCACUGUCGUUAUCUAAACGGUGUUUGUGUAUUCAAUAAAUCA